ACACACACCAGAGUCUAGUGCACGUCACUUCUGCUUGGCCAGUGGGGUAGAUUCGGAAAGACCCGCUCUUGUAGUGUACUCCUCCGUUAUUUUAAACCUUGUUCCGAGCGGAAAGCGGUGCGCCACUUCGAGUCUCUGCUGCGUAUUCUCCGAGUCCCUUUGAUAGGCAUUUUCCCAUGACCAGUAAUGCAGUGGAGAGAGUCAAAGGACCCCUUUUGGUGUUUGAAGGGCAGUUUGGGACAUGAGUGAGCUUCUGAGCCAAACUAAUACCUGCCAACCCAAAGAGCGGAACUGCAGCGAGUGUCCCGGCCAGGGCGGGAGUGACCAGGAUGUCACUGCGUUCCGCCGCGUUGGCAGCGUGUUCCCGCCUCACAGCCUGUUGAACACUAAUGGGCUGACUGGCGGGGGCUCGGAGGGAACCCUCGAAAUGGAGACGGCAGGGUCUGGCACGGGCUCCGAGGCCCCCUCCCAAACGCGUGUCGGGCAGUCCCGUUCGAACCCCGAGGACGACCGCGUCUGCCUGAACGCACAUGUGGGAGGUCAGGUGGGGUCGGUCGGGCUGCUCGUAAACGAGGGCGGCGUUUCCGCCGAUCCGAGGUGUCCUGUCGGCUCGGAACCUGCAGGGGGCGCCGGCGUCGCUGGCAGUUCCACGGAUGCUUCUGGAACCGCAGGGAGGGAGGUCCUCCUGCUGUCAGAGCGGUCUGCCUCCACCAUUACGACCUCCAUCCCCGCGCGGGACCCCAGCCGAAAAGCGCCCCGCGUCCCGCUUCCCAGCGCGCGGCGUCCCGUCCGUCCGCUUCAGGAGCGACGCUGCGCCCCCGUCGCCCGGUGCCCCGGGAACGGAGCGAGGGGCGUCCCGGCCGCGAACAAGCCCGCCGAGGCGCUGCCGAGACCCGACGCGAAGAGGGGCAGGUCCAGGGUCCAGCCGAGACCGGCCGCGCCUCUGAGGAUGAGCAGGGCGGCGCAGCCGAAGGCUGCGGCUAAAGAGAGCGCUAAAAGCCGGGGUCUAAUGGAGAGGGGCCAUUCUGAGCCUCUGAAGAGAGGCUCUGCGACGGCGGGACGGGGCACCAGAGAGCCCGCGGGACAGCGGCCGUUUGGCGGCGGGGGGGCGGCCGCCCCGGCCCCGGGGGCGACCCGCAGGCUGGCCCUACCCGUGGCCAGGCUCAGGCUGGACUCCUCCGGGAAAGAUGGCCGCAGUGCUGGGCAGAAGCCCGUCCCAGCAGCGGCUCCAGCUGCGAGCGCUGCCGUCACCAAAGCCGGCGAUAAAAUCGCCCCUUCGAUGGUUGCGGGGGGGCCUCUGGUUUUGGGCGGAGUCUCCGCCAGCAGGGCCGGAGGGGUCCGAAAUCGAGCCGCUACGCUACCUGGAAAGAGCGCCAUAGGCUGCAGGGCUGCUGCCGUUACCGUGGGCGCCGUCUCCAGGCAGGCGCCGAGCUCGCUCCAGCGCACCGCCUCGGCCAGACUCGUCCGGCCAGCCGCUGCUCUGCCAGUGGACCGGACCAAGAAGCGGGGGGGACCCCGGACCCAGCCGCCCCCGGGGAAGCCUCAGGCGGGCCCCCCUCCCCGGGACGGGAGGAGCCCCCGUGCCCCAAGUCAGGACGUCCAGCAGCUGAGGAGCCUGCUGGCAGCCGGUGGCCGCAGGUUCGAGGCCGUCACCGUGGUGAUGCAGCAGAUUCUCGCGGAGCGGGAUGAAGCGCGGAAGCGAUGCACCGAGCUGUCCCUGGAGUUGGUGGCCUUGCGGGACCGACUGGUGACCACGGCAACUUCCUGCGAUGAGCUGGAGAAGGAGAAGGACGAGCUGCGCAUGGCGUUCGAGGGCGUGCUCCGGAAGGCUCAGGAGCGUCACCUUAGCGACCUGGCCGAGCUGGAGGAGCAGCUGGCGGCCUUCUACUCGGCCGAGUGGGAGAAGGUGCACCAGGCCUACCAGCAGGAGGCAGACAAGUGCCGGAGCCGCAUGGUGCAGCAGGUGAAUGAUGUAAGGUCCAAGCACGAGACAUUGGAAAAGGAACUGAGAGCCAGUCACUCUGAGAAGAUGGAGUCGUUGAAACGGCACUACGAGACGUCUUUUGAAGAACUUAAGCAAAGUCAAGAGCAGGAGAGGGAAACCCACAAACAGUCCCUGAAGGAAAUGGAAACCACGUUAUCGGAACAAAUUCAGGACCUCGCAAGAGAGAACACGACACUGUCCGAGAAGCUUAAAGCUGAAGAGGAAAACCGAAGGCUGCUGGCUGAAAAGAGUCAGGACUCGCAUACCCUGUACCUGCAGCAGGAGUUGGAGAGCCUGAAGGUGGUUUUGGAGCUGAAGAACACUGAGCUUCACCAGCAGAACAAGAAGCUCAUGGAACUAAAGACACUGAGGGAAACAAACCUGGAUUUGGAAGGAUGCCUUAGAAAGACACAGCAAGAGAACGAGGACCUGAAAGCCAGGCUAGACGAGCACACAGCCUUGCACAGGCAACUGUCCACAGAGCAGGUGGCCCUGCAGCAGACCAUCAUGAAGGAAACCAAAAUGAACAACCGCCUCUCCCUCCAGAACGAGGAGCUGCUGUGGAAGCUCCACAACGGAGACCUGUGGCCCCCCCGAAACCUGCCCCCCUCCCCGUCCUUCCAGUCCGCCCGCAACUCUGGCCACUUCUCCAGCACCCCGCUCUCCUCCAGCUAGCCAUUCGGCUCGGGAGAGCCUUGCAGGAAAAUUAAAAACACAGCGUGCCUGACGGUUUUUAAAAACGAGAGACGAUACUGCACAGACGCACUUCCCGAGCGAGGCCGGCCUUGUUCUGCACCCUCCUCUCCCGCGCGGGAGGUAGAAACUGAAAUCUCAGGACCUGAGGAUAACUCAAUGACUUCAUUCCCUUAUCUUUUUUCUAUUGUUUUUUUGAGGUGUGGCAGCAAGGGGGGUGGAGUGUUGUCAAGAUGAGAUGAUGUGACCCACCUUGGGUGGCGGUUGGUGUGCCUUUCCUGUGACCACUGGUGGGGGAGGCAAAGUGGGUGUCUUUGUAGGUUUUGGAAAGCCAGGACAGAAGCCCUCCUCAAAUCGGUGUCUGUUCAAGGGGGAGGGACACUUUACCUCACCCCUCAACUUCAGUACCAGUUAAUUUCAAUGAAAUUGUUACUUUGGCUCUCUGUUUCUGUGAAGCGAGCCACAGAUUCCUUUGGGGGGGGAAGUUAACAUUGCAGUGUGGCCAUUUUUUAUUUUAUUUUUUCCCCCACUGUUAUUACCUUCUGCACCCUGAGCUGUAAAGUGUUAGUAGGGCUGCAUUUGUGUGGCCGAGUGGAGCUUGACAAGACACCUGGAGUUUGCGCCGUGCGUCUGUACUGAAACACACGCCUGCCACACUGUAAUGGUCAUGUGUGCCUCCUAUUCCAAGCCACCAUUUUUGUUUUCUGUUAAAAAAAGUCACAAUUUAUCACAUUUAUAAGCUUGUAUUGAGUAAUUGCGGUGUUUACACGGACUGAUCCCUCUUCCCCCCCCCCCCCCACCACCUUCUCUCAUUUUGAAAUAAAAUCCAGAUAAAUCAGAAGUUAAA